UUAUCUUCAGGCCGUUCCAAGAUUCUGUUCUGCUGAAUGUGUACUUCUCUCUUUCUCUCAUUAGUAGAGCAAAGCUUUUGGAUUGUAGCCUAUGGGAGAAACAUGUAGUGGAGUGUGGUUCUCUGGUUUGAGUUUGAUUUUGUCUGCGAGUCUGUGCCUAAGCGUUCUUGCCUACAAAGGAUCUUAUGAGCACCUUCCAGUGGAUGUUGCUCAUGUUCACUGGAUCGCACAGUACCCAGUGAGGAUCAUGGGACUACAAGGUGGAAAAGUACUGUGAGGUUGUUUCCAGCUAUGUAACGUCUUCAGGCAGAACAUGGAGAUAGACCAGUGUCUGCUGGAGUCUCUGCCGCUAGGUCAGAGACAGAGGCUGGUGCGGCGCAUGCGGUGUGACCAGUUGCGGGCGUACUAUGAGCGGGAGCGCACGCUGCAGAAGCAGAGUGGCCACAAACCACGCAGCAGCCAGAACAAAAAGCACACCAUCAGCUUCCCUCUCUCUGACAUCCUCCAGGACGCCAUCAUACGCCAUGAUGACAAAGAGGUGCUGAGGCUGCUGAAAGAGGGAACUGACCUGAACACACACCUCUCCUCUGGAGGCUCUCUGCUCCAUCUGUGCGCUCGCUAUGACAAUGUGUUUGCAGCAGAGGUUCUGAUAGAGCGAGGCGUGAACGUCAAUCUGCAGGAUGAAGACCUUUGGACUGCCCUGCAUGUGGCUUGUGCCUGUGACCAUGCUGAUAUGGUGCUGCUGCUGCUUCUGGCUGGGGUGAAUGUGCUUCUGCAGGACGUCAAUGGGAACAUACCGCUGGACUACGCCACAGAGGGGACCGAGAGCAGCUACAUCCUCACCAAGCACCUGGAAGAGAAUGGAGUAAAUGUGAGUUCCAUGCACCAGAUGAAGACUCAGAGAGCCUCUGUCAUGCUGUCAGACGUGAGACAGCUGGUCGGCAGUGGAGCCAGCGUUAACCAACGCAACGAAGAUGGCGUCACACUGCUACACAUGGCAUGUGCUAGUGGCUACAGGGACGUGGUUUCUCUGUUAUUGGAGAGUGGAGCAGAUGUACAGGCCUCAGACAACACUUACUGGACCCCUCUCCACCUGGCUGCCAAAUAUGGACAGACUAAUAUAGUAAACCAGCUGUUGAAGCACAAAGCCGACCCCACUCUACUCAACUGCAACCAAGACAAGCCCUCAGACAUUGCUGCAUCUGACCAGAUAGUGAAUAUGUUACUGAAGGCAGAGGAAUUCUGGGUCCAGAAACAGAAAGACCCAAUGACCCUCCCUCCCCACCUGGACGAACACUGUGAAGAACUCAACCAGGACGUCAGCACACCUGUUAAAAAACUGACACCCAUGGCACUUCCUAUCUCUAAGAGGGACAGUCUGUUGGAGAAAGACGCCAUGUUUCGGGACUCAGGAGGAGCACUAACACGGCAAUCAUCCCAGGACAACGGGCUGGAUGGACCAUACCCCAGUACCACAAACAAACUGGAGCAGGUGAAGCUAAUGCCCCCGGCACCUAAUGAUGACCUCGCGUCUCUGAGUGAGCUAACAGACAGCAGCCUUCUAUAUGAGAUGCAGAAACGCUUUGGGAAUGACCAGAUCUAUACUUACAUUGGACACAUUCUUCUUCUCAUCAACCCCAACAAAGACCUGCCUAUCUACUCUAAUCUGGUUAGUCAGCUAUAUCUGAGCUCCAGUGGCAGGCUCUGCUCCUCUCUCCCUCCUCACAUUUUCUCCUCUGCUGAGCGAGCCUAUCACAUGAUGCUGCAGGAGCGACGCCCACAGUGUUUCAUCAUCAGUGGAGAAAGUGGUUCUGGAAAGUCAGAGGCCUGUAAGCACAUCCUUAAGCACCUGGCUGCACGCUCUUGCCCCAAAGACUUUGCCCUGGAGCCACGCAUGAAGCAUGUGAAUGCUAUCCUAGAGGCUUUCGGUCACGCUAAGACACCAAUGAACAACAAUGCGAGCCGCUUUAUGAAGCUGCUCUGUCUACAGUACUGUGAAAAAAGGAGAACUCUGCUCAGAGCCCGUGUGUACACCUACAUGCUGGAAAAGGGCCGGCUCAUCUGCGUGCCGCAGCAGAAUUUCAACAUCUUCUAUCUGAUGGCUGAGGGCCUUUCAGCUGAAGAGAAGAGCAACCUUUACCUCAACAAUCUCCUAGCUCACAGGUACCUUAGCUGGGCAUCUGGUGAAGCUCCUGCAGUGGGCACAGCCUGCCCUCAGAGCAGGGAAAAGUUGGCAGCCCUGAAACAAGCCCUGCGUGCACUUGGCUUCAACAAACUGGAGGUGGAGAAUGUGUUUGUGGUUCUCUCAGCACUAUUACACCUGGGUGACCUGCGCUUCACAGCCCUGACGGACGCAGAGACAUCUCUGGUAUCUGACCUGCAGCUGCUGGACAGAGUGGCAGGCAUGCUGCAGGUGAGCCCGGAGGACCUAAGCUCUGCUCUCACUUCUGAUGUGCAGUAUUUCAAAGGGGAUGUAAUUACACGGCGCCACACAGUGGAGAUGUCCAACCAUCACAGAGACCUCCUGGCCAGAACUGUCUAUGGACGACUCUUCAGCUUUCUAGUGAAUAACGUCAACUAUUAUCUCCAAGGCCAAGACGAGAGCCUUGGGGACCCUGCACUUGAAAUUAGCAUCCUGGACAUCUUUGGCUUUGAGAAAUUCCAGAAGAAUGGCUUUGAACAGUUGUGCAUAAACAUGCUAAAUGAGCGGAUUCAGCAGUAUACCGCAGAGGUGCUGUUCCAGCAAGAACAGCAGGAGUGUCUGCAAGAGGGUGUCACCAUGGAGACGUUACGCUCCCCUGCCAACCAGCCAGCGGUACUGGACUUCUUCUACCAGAAGCCUCAGGGCAUGCUGUGUAUGCUGGAUGAGGAGAGUCAGUCUCUCAGGCCAUCUGAGCUCAACUUAUAUAAGAGACUGCAGACUCAGUUGGACUCCACUGCUAUUGAUGCUGUCUCACUCACUACCAAGGAUGGCAAUGGUAACCCCCCACCCAAAGACCAAGGACCCUCCUUCACAGUCACGCACUAUGCUGGGAAGAUGAGCUAUGAUCUGACAGGCUCGUUGGAGAGGAACAGAGACGUUCUGCCCCAAAACAUCCUGUUUGUCCUCAAAUCCAGCGAGAACGUGCUCAUCCAUCAAAUGUUCCAGUGUAAACUGACUCAGACUGGCUCCCUGGUGCCUCCACUUCAGCGGCUGCAGCUGCGCGGGCCUAAAGGUGCUCUGCUCCUGCACAGGAUGAGCUCACCCAGCCCAGCCAGAGACACCAAGAAAUACCUGGAGCUCAGCAAGCUUCUGAAGAAGAAAGGAGCCACCUCCUUUUUGCAAAGGCUGGAGCGCUGUGGGCCGGUGACUGUGGCAGUGCAGCUGCGGAACUCUCUAUCUGAAAUCACCAGUAAGCUCCAGGCAUCCACUCCUCACUUUGUGCAGUGUGUGAGGCCCAAUGGUUCAGGCCAGCCAGAGGCCUUCGACAGUUUCUUGGUGUCCACUCAACUGCAGUAUGUAGGGGUGCUGGAGAUGGUGCGCAUGAUCCGCUAUGGCUACCCAGUGCGCCUAUCCUUCUCCGGCUUCCUCAGCAGAUAUCGAGAGCUAGUUGAGACCAUUCUGACAGACAGGAGGAAGCUCUCAACAGAGGAGAAGUGCCACCAUGUUCUCCAGCACUGUAAGCUUCAAGGAUGGCAGAUGGGCGUGAGCAAAGUGUUUCUGAGGUACUGGCAGGCUGAUCACCUGAAUGACCGCUGCCAUCAGUUGCAGAGGAAGAUCAUUACUUGCCAGAAAGUGAUGCGUGGCUGGCUGGUACGGCAGCGUAUAUGUCGCCAGCUGAGUUAUCAGCAGAAGGAGCAGUGCAAUGUGCAGCGGUUCCUGCAGGGGGCAGAAGACCUGGGCCUGCGCAUUUACGACAGUCUGGUCAUUCAGAACGCAGCCGAUAUUGCUCGUGAAAAUGACCGCCUACGGGGCCACACCAGUGUACCACUGGGGGAAAGGCCUGAACCUGUGGGCAAAGAGGAGGACUCACCCAAGAGGCCUGUGGAGAAGAGUGGGAGGGUGAAUGAUGCAGCAAGCCGUGGAGGGAGCCGGACGCUAAGACACUUCCGCUCCAGCUCUGUGCCCAUCCCCCUUGCCAUAGACAACUUGGUACAUUCCAGUUUUGGGCCAUCAGUCAAAGCAGCCCUACAGACAGUGCCCCAUACCAGUGAGGAGGGGGGUGGUGGAGGGCUCUCAUCACCACGGAAACAGCCUCCGCCUAAACCUAAAAGGGACCCCAACACUCGUUUAAGUGCAUCUUAUGAGGCAGUGAGUGCUGGUCUGAGCAUCGCUCCCAAAGACAGUCCUGUUGAGGGCCAAGCCUCGCCUUCUGGGAGCCCCCCUAAAACUCAGCUCUCUCCCACUGACCCUCUCUCCAAACCUCGUCCUCACAGUGACGAUUACAGCACCAUGAAGAAGAUCCCCCCUCCCAAACCUAAGCGCAGCCCCAACACAAAGCUGACUGGCUCCUAUGAGGAGAUUUCUGCUCCUGCGCCAGUGCGCCCCACUGACAUGAAGCUGGCAUGCCUGGCACGUGGUGGGCACCUCCUUGGCCUGGUACAGAGGGCGGCAUCUGAGGAUGGCCCACACUCAGCCAUGCUCAGCCUGCGCCCAGGCCAUGAUGAGGAGGAUGUCUAUAUAGAGAUGGUGGGUGCCUGGAGGGCUAUGAACCGGGCCGAUUCCCGCAGCCCGGAGCAGAGUGAAGCUGUUUAUGAGGAAAUGAAGUACUAUCCACCCGAGGAGGGGGUAGCCGUCCCACAAGCCAAGACUGAGGUAUGCGAGCCUGCUCCUGUACCAUCCCAGAUUCUGGAAACUAAGCGGCCAGUGGCGCUCUUAGACCACCCCAAUGCGCUGGUGGUGCGACAGCAAAGCAAGGAUGGGACAGCAUGUGACAUUCCGGCUCCUUUCCCAAACCUCCUGCCCCACAGGCCCCCACUGCUGGUGUUUCCUCCUUCCCCAGUCACCUGCUCACCUGCCUCGGACGAAUCACCCCUCACCCCUCUGGAGGUGAAGAAGCUACCCGUGUUUGAGACCAACCUCAACUACUCUAGCCAGGAUGGUGGCAGCCCACUCUCGCCCCAGUACACCCGCCAGAGAGCUGACUCCUCACCCAGCCUCUCUAUCCUAAUGCCAGACAAAUCAACCCCGCCCUUGACUCCACCCCCUCCUCCUCCAAUCCCUCCCUCAGUUCCACCUCCUCCAUAUCGUCCACCUUCACACUUCCCUUUCCCACCUGAAGCCAACUUCCUCGCCCUGACUCGGGCCACCUCAGUAGCCAACACUGAUUCCCCUAAACCGUCCCAUAAAGGGGGUCACGGUCUAGCUGAGACGCCUCCGGGCAGCGCCAAGCCCCCAUAUUCCCCAGUAAAGUCAUCCCGUCCAGAGCCGCGCAGGGCCCACUCCUGCUCCUCAUCACCUCUGCUCUUCAAUCCGGCCAAUGGGAGACCACUCACCAGCCCCUUGGAUGAGCUCAACACCCUCUUCAGCUCAGGGCGCAGCCUGCUACGCAAGUCCACCACCGGGAGGAAGAUCAGAGAUAGCGGUUUCUCCAACUCCAACAUGAACCUGCCAGGAAGAGAGGAACAAGGCCCCACCUCUUCUUCCCCACAGUUGCAGGACAAAAACGCCAAUAACCACACCUCGCCCAACUCCCCCAGCCCCGCUCCCAUCGAGAAUGGCAACCAGAUCUCUAACGGGACAUUAGAAGAUGAGGGACACCACAAGUCAAAUGCAUCCAGUGCCUCCACACUACACAGACAUAUGGACAGCCAUCACACUCAGGUCAUCCAGCGAUUCCGUGUGUGUGGAGAUCAGAGGGCUGCUUUGCAGGAUUUGUUUCGACGGAGGAGGAGUGUGUGUGAUGGUCGGACAGAUUGGCAGAAUGCCUGGCUCCACACACAGGCCUCACCUACCCUGUUGCUAAAACACAAGAGUAAUAUGGAAAGGAAAACAUCACCCUAGAGGCCAUGUAACAUUGGUUCUGGCUCUACUGCCCCAGCCUGAAUGGCCACUCAUCUUCACAAAGACUGUCCCUUUACAAUGUAGCUGCCUAUGGAUUGGAGUUUUCAAUAGGUGGUGGUAUGCUGAUCCUCAGACACGGACUGUCUCAUCUGUUUUUUUCUUUUUUCUCUCUGUUGUCUCUUUCUUAUCAAGUCUUCAUUGUUGGAGCACAAUUGAAUGAGACAAAGGAGAAACUUUACUAUUACUCUCUCUUUCUCGGACUUGUGGCCACCAGGGACCAAAUAAUGUGGAAACCCAAAGGACUCACUGCCAUGCCUUAGUCUAGAGAGAGAGAAGUAGAGGGAGAGUUCACAACUGACCUGGGUGGCUCCUCUAAACCUUAAAAGUCUACAGCUACUUGUUCCGAACACUGCACUGGUAUGGAAGAUCUGAUCCAAACUUAGGGCUGUACAAGCAUAUCUGUAACUUGCCCCUCUGUGUUGUAGUUUCAGUCUCCAUUCGUAUGCCAUAUAUUUCAGUGUUGCUUCUCAGAAUCAAACUGGUGCUGGUUGCUCCUAUUGUUAUGCUGUUGCCUUAGGUGGAUAUAAAAAAGUGGCAUUUGUGACCCAGCUUAAGUGCAGCAUGACAUACAGGGGCGGUGGACAUCUCUGAAGUUUACAUGAUGCGUCUCUUUGUCUCUGUGAGGACCUCAGUGCUCUUGCUUUGCGAACUGUGUCUUUUCUUCAGGUUCAGCGACGCAGCUAUGCCUCACACUUCUUUUCAGGUGCUUCUGAGACCCACCUUCAGAGGUCACGACCCUUUUCAUAGGAACCGUGAGCUCUCGCAAAGGCCAGGGUUCAGGGAAACUCUCAGUGAUAGCCCAGGUGCACUUUCAUCCGACACGACAAAAACCACCAGCUUCAGACGCAAAGCACACGUCCACCUGACUGAGUAGAAUAUAGCACACUCCAGGCUAAAACAAGCAACACAGACACACAAAGUGAAACAAAAGCUAGUGAAUUUUGAAGAAUAGAACGCAGUAAACAGUACUUUUAGUCAUACCCUGUAACUAAGACUGCUACAGGAUAAAGACAGCUGCUGAUCAAGAGCACAGGUAUAUGAACAUUAGCGGACAUACAUGUGGAUCCAAAUUAUGAUUUCACUACUGGGAUUUGACCUACUCCAGGCUUUCGCUCUUCAAGGGUUUCCAAAAGUCCUAGUGAUAUUUUCUAGGUAGGAUUCCUAGGUGGUGGCAGAUGAUCAAUAUACAGCACAUAGAGUUCAGUCUGUGAGUAACUGGGCGUGACAUGCUUGUUAUUUUGGCUCUGUAGUUAUUGGAUUUAUUUGCUGCUAUAAGUAACUUACCAAAUUAACAUAUUAUUGCUGUUAGAACAGAACCUUAGAUUAAAAAUGGUAACUGUACAGAAGAAAGACAAAAUAUAUGUGUAUGUAUUGGGGGUGCGAAAAAACUCAAUUCUUAGAUGCAUUGCGAUGCGGACCUGAACGAUUCUGAAUCGAUUCACAAAUGUCAAAAAUCGAUUUUCUAAAUAUUUAAUUCAUACCGUAAUGUUGAUGGAAUGUAAAAAGCGGACCUUGGGAGUGGGUAAGUGCAGCACCCGGACAGUCUCUGAUGGCACAUAACAAAAACACAGCUGAAAUUAGUGAGAAAUCCGACCGACUCUACAUUAAAGCCAGGUUAGAUCAGGAGUCACAACCCAAAUGUUUAAAAGAGACAUUUUGUCCUUUCAACAAAGUCAAACCACCUUGGCAGCCACAUUUAAUGUCCAGUAUGUCUCAGUGUGUGCAAA